AUGGCGCACCAGAAAGUCCAGUGGACGUCGGAGAUGGAGGAGCAACUCGUCGACAUGUGGCGAUCAAAGGAAGUGAAUCGCCACCGUGAGGAGAGUGUGUUACAUGUACCCGUGCAACCUCAAUAUGACGAGCCUCACUGGAGACUAGAUGUGCCACUGCCAUGGGAGGAGGAGUCGUUCAGAUAUGAACCCUUUCUUGAUCCAGGCCUGUAUUCCACUUCACACGCUGGGAUGGCGAGCAGACGUAAAGGACUGAACGUAGGCCUGACCCAUGAGAACCUGCCGCACCCGUCACAGCUGAUGGGUAAAAGGAAGAGAGAUCAAGGUCUGCAGAAACCGACUGCAAACGUUCUCAAACAUUUGAGAGAACUCAGGAUGAGACAGCGUCAUAUAAAUGCGUUGAAGGAGGACAAAUGGUGGGGUGCCACUGGUGUGUCCAGCCCAGAGGAGAGCCGAAGUCCAACUGAGGCCGGGAGCGAGCAGCUUUUUGGUCUGACUGCUGGGAUUAGCUUCAGUACGAUGCUAUUGGACAAUCCUGAUCUGACCAUGACAAAGCCUUAUGAAGCUGCUUCCUCACUGACUCAUCAGGAGUACUUAUUUAGAGGAUAUGAGCAGUUUCUUGACCUUGCUCCAGGAGGGAACCCCAUGAUGGCGUUUGUUGCAGGAACGGCCCAUAAAUCGCUCCUGGUGGCUGAUGACGCCAUGGUGAAUCCUGCGGGAUCGGAUGUGUUCCUCAGGACCAUUGAUGAUGAGAUGGCGCUUCUUCAGAACAUUCAGUUCUUCUAAAUAAGCUUUAUCCUGUUUGAGCCAUUUAGGCAUAGUUCUAUGAUCAACCUUUUUUCUCUUAAUACCUACUGUUGUUAAGUCUUAAAGGAAUUUUAUGGUUGCAAAUGUUAAGAGUACUGUGUUCAUGAAAAGUUCAUAAUGCUCUGUCAGAAAAUUGGUAUAACAUUUCAAGUGUGUGAGGCAUUUGGCUUAUGAAUGUUAAAGAAGAAGACUAGUCUGCUUAGUUAUUUGCAAAUGAA